AUGGUAGCUUGGCUCGGCUCAGCCAAGGACACUUCGCAGGAGGAUAAUUUCUGUGUAAACAAAAAACUGCAGGAAAACCCCACUGCAAGGCAAACAGCUGUGAGGAAUAUAGCAGAAAGAGCUUCCUCCGGGCCGGCCCAUCCUCCAUCCUACAGACCCGCCUAUUUAGGCGACCAGCAUGGCCAAGCACGUUUUCCUCACGGGACCACCAGCUCUAGUUCUUCAGUGGCAAGGCAUGAAUACCGUGUUGGCCAAUAUGUAGUAGACCUAGCUUCAUUUGAACAGUUGGUUCUUCCUUUGUUGAGACAUGCUGAUCAUGACAGCAGUGGAGUGAAAAAAGUCUGUGUAAUUGACGAGAUUGGUAAAAUGGAGCUCUUCAGUCAGUCCUUUACUCAAGCUGUCUGUCAAAUUCUGAAUGGCUCAGGAAAUGUGAUAUUUGGAACAAUCCCAGUGCCCAAAGGGAAGCCUCUGGGGCUUGUGGAAGAGAUCAGAAAUAGAAAGGAGGUGACGGUCUUCAGUAUUACAAGGGAGAACAGAGACAGUGUGUUGCAAGAUGUUGUGACAGCUGUACAGAGUUGCCUAAAAAGAAGAGUUUCUUGAAAUCAUACCAUCGCAUGAACUCUUGACGCCUUAGCACACCUCCUCUUGAUGUCUAUGGGACUUCAUUGACUUUGAUUUUGACUGUGCAGAUAAGAGCAGUGCCGUUUCAUAUCUACCUGCCAUUGCUUGCUGGUUAAUAUUAACAGAUAAAAUAGGCACAAUAACAAGACAAUCUUGGGAUCUGAGAUAAAUUACUUAGAUUAUUAAAAUUAUAUUUAAUGAAAAUCCAGAUGCUGAGUUAAAUAAACUGUGACCCACUUGAAUGGUGGAAGAGUGGGAUUCCAUUUAAUCACAAUGAAGUUGAGCUCAGACUUUCCCCUGUAUAGCAGUAGUUUAUCAGACAUUUCAUAUGGGUUGGAUCCAGUGAUGGAGCAAGAGGGAACUGUGGCUGGGGAACGACCUGCCCACGUGCCCCCAGCCCACCCCGAUCUGCCCAUGCCCCGCCCUUGGGAGGGAGGUCCGGGGACGAUUUUUCCGCCCCCACAUUACGCCAAUGGCGCACGCCAGGGGCAAAGCCCACCCCCACCCCAUUGCAGCUUUGCCACUAGUUGGAUCCUACAGCUCUCCUCAGCUAAGAGCAAAAUCUUCCGCCAGCAGAAGAGUUCUUGCACACGAAUGCUCUGCAUUUACCUGAAUAGCAAGAUCCAUUUAAUUGUCUCUUCUCUCUGAUACCUCACAAACACAAGUUUUGUUCAAAUAGGUGGUGGUCGUGUGCGCCUAGGUUGUUCAUAGAAUGCUCUUCAUCAUGAGUACUAGUAAUUAACAGAAGACAGUUAAAUCAGUUUGAUUUAUCUAUUGAGAUAAGUAUAGUGCAAAGGAUAGGGGCCACAGAAGCAAGAGUCUCGAUGCAUUUUUUCUGCUAUCAUUGUUAGGCUGAUGUUUCAAAGAAAUUGUGCUAACUUUAUUUUGGUUGUGUGGUGUCAUGAGGAUUGUGGCUUCUGGUUAUUUCAGAUUUUUCCAAUAUCCCUUUUUGACUUGGUUUGCUUUUUUAUUUCUGAAGGCAUUUCCUAGAUUUCCAUUGCUCUAUAUUGGAAGGUAUUCCUUGUACAGAAAUUGAUCUUUUUCUGUAACUUGUAUCUCUGUUUUAUGUGUCAGAUUGAACAAUCUGUGUCCAUUAUUGCUUAACAACAUUUGUUUUCUUUUGCAGUCCUUCAAGCUAAUAAAGAAACUGUAACUGACUG